AGCUUAUGUGCUUGCACUCCUUGCACCUUCUAUUCCUCGAGGGCUUCGACAUGGUUUUCUCUAGUUUUCUGACAAAGCCUAAGAACAAGGCAUACUGGAGGAAUGGGUCCAUUCAAUCUGGUCAAGUGACCAUCACGAAGACAGAGCCCGAAUCUACGGAUAAUGCAGACCCAAAAAUGAGGUCCACGAUAAGGAUACUUUUAUGCGACUCAGGGGCAGGCAAAAGGGUAGCUUGCAAGUUCAGCGACGGCCUCAGUGGAAGGUGCCUUGCUUUGUGAACUGGAUGUACAUGUGAUGCUCAACAAUGGAGGCUAUCCCUAUGCUUUUGUUCGAUACGACCACAUCUCAUCACAUCACACCAACGACAUACAACGUACAACAUAUCCCCAGUACCAGCCAGCUCGAUCGAUAUAAAGGUAAUGGGAACUUUCUGUUUCCGAACAGCAUCACUUUGGGUCUUGAUACGUGAGGUCACCGUCAACGCACUAAAAUGACACCAUGACUCGAAAAGUGUGGCCGGAUAACUGUUGGUGGAAUUCACGAAGUGGUAAGUCAUAGGGUGAUACCACCUCAGUGCAAACGACGGAUGACUGCAAAGGACCGUUUGUGGAACUACUACAGAACAGUAUAAAUUUGAUUCUUUUGCGCCAGACUCCUACUCACCCCAGACUCAUCAUCUUUUUGGGUCUCGUCACAGUGUCUACAAGGAACCAUCACGAUCUUCAAACCUGAGGGAGGGUAUACAUACUUACGUUACACUCGUCUGCCAAACUUGUCUGUCAUACCACUAUCGAGUGUCGGCCACCGACGAAUAUCACGCAGCCUCGGAAGGAGGGACAGAUAUAUUGAAACCACGAUCCGGUUCAUCAACGGGGAGGUUGUUGUCACACGUACAACACUCGGCCUGUUUCCCCCUUCAAUGGUUCUUCCAGCGUCACCUUCGCUCGAAUCUCAAAACAGUACGACGAUAGACCCGAUAUCGCCAAUGGCUGAACGAGUAUAUGCCCCACCUGGACGGGUAUCGAUUGCUUCACAGGCUCCGGAACCCGAACCUGACAUAGAUGUCACAACGACCACGACCACGGCCACGACCACGACGACAACUCAGGCCUGCACAAUUCAACCACAAGAGCCAGCCACGGUCGUCACUGCUCCACCCCCGGCACACGUCAGGACGAACUUGAGAGGAGGAUGUGAUGACAUGGAUGACGGAUGUUUUUGGUGCUUAUUUUGCACGGGAAUGAUGGCCUGUUUCACGUGCUGUGAGGAGUACGAUAUUUAGGAGCUAUUGACAUGUUGAACCAUUCAACGAAUAGAUGCAAUAAACGAGAUCUUCGACGCUAGGGCAAUGGUUCAUAUGCGCACAGGAGUCAGUUCUACGUUAGGAAGGAGGCUGAAAACGUCACAGUAGUUUGGUACGACAACGACCAUUGGCACUGUUUAUCCAACAUUUAGUGGCGUGGGAUGGACAGCAGCAAAAUCAAAUGUCAUGAGGGUAGAUUGAACGAC